UUUAACACGUCUUUUUUUUUUUACAUCGAGACGCAAUACGGUGACGUUACAGUAAAUGCAAGUGCGCGGGUUAAAAGGAAGAUAAGUGGGGCACUGCCCGAGUUGGUUAAUUAGCCAGGGAAAUGUGCUCCAUGAUUGUGUGUAUUACCAGGAACCUCCGGCCACUGUUUAAUUCCUGCAGACUCCACAAUAACACAACUAUAUGUUGUCAUUGCAGCCUUGUCGUCCAGCAUGAGCCACCCGCCAGGCGCGGCGUCGUCAGACCGGCAGCGCGCCUCGCACGUUCUCCGCAUGCUCCGCAAGGCAACCAAAACAGACGGCAACCCAGUCGCACCAUCGGCCACAAACUGCGCCUGCGCCGUCCACUGCGACAAGGUGGGUAGACGGCGCAAGCGCAGAAGCUUGAAGACACGCAAGGAGAGGAGCCACGCGAGGGGCGGCGGGUGUGGAGCCGCCGAUUGCAGACCAUGUGACCAACGCCAGCGCGGUAAAGGGAAGAACCCUUCCCGCAACCGCUGCCGAAGCAGCGCGCCUCCUCUGAGGGGAGGCGGACUGUUGCCGCCGAUGUUUCGCUUUGCCAAAGAGCCCAGCAUAAUCACAGACGGGCGCCUCGUUGGACACCACGGCUUAUUCAAUCACGAAGUGAAGUCUCUGGAUGUCAAACGCCACCGGAGCGAGCCGAGGGAGCGAGACCUGCCCGCGCAUCGUGCGGCGCAGGAGAGUGACGUGGCUGCUGGACGUGCCCAGCCGGCCUCUCGCCUCUCUUCUUCUCGGCCAAGCUGCGGCGCUGCUGUUGAGCACGCCGAUGAGAAUGUGUUAACGCAUAAGAACGCAGACCCGUCCACGUGUAUUACAAACACCAAGGAAGUUUGCCAAGAGAGCGAGAACCCGGUCCGUCAAUCUUAUAGCCAGGCCUCAGACAUGACACCGGGGCAAAGAUCACCGCGCCGAGGUGAUGUUUCGUCUGACGGCGAUGACGUCAUCGCCUUACGUACACGCGGACCUCCAAAAGAAAUGACGCCCAAGAGCGAGAAGGGGAACUCGCUCGCGUUGGAGAGGGAAAGAGGGUCACUGCUGACCUCUAGUGGAGACACAGAAAACGUGAAGCCGUUGAAAAAGAGGGUAAAGGGUCUGUUCGAUUCCCAUACUCCAGAGCACACCCCCAAGAACCAAGGGCCUCCAAAACACCCAGCACAGCCUUGUAGUCCUAGCCCAAACUUACCUCAGCUCUCCAGCUCUCCCAUCGCUGGAACUAGUGAAGGCCAUGACGCCCAGCAGCAGGGAAGUGGUCUAGAUUGCCUGUCUAACUCAGUUGGUGCAGUGGCGGUCCGUUUGUGUAAUUCUCUCCAGCUUCCACUGCUGAGCAGGAGAAAUUUAGUGGCAGAGAGCAGGGGGAGGCUGCUGCAGGCAAUGCAAAAAAGACACGGACCCCUACUUCAGGAGAACCUUCUCAAGGUGAAGCGACGCCUCAGCUUUGGCCCUGGCCCAAGAGCAGAGCAGGAUAAGGAACAACCGACAUUUGAUACAGAUGACGUCUGGCCCACAGAAACAUUCAGUACUGCGCUUGCAAUUAGCAUUGUGGGCCAGACAUAUUUUGACACCCAGAAAGCACCUGUCAAAAGGAGGAAGGAGCAGUGCGUCUUCGGCUGGAUGUCCACACCACAGCUAAACACGAACCUGAACAAGGCUUUGGAAUGGAUGAUGAGCCCUGUUCAGGAGACUGGUGUGGAGACCGAUGUUUUGGAUGACUGGCUGAGACCUGGUUCUUCCUCUCAGUUAAGUAUGAACGUUCUGCAGCCCUUAAGAGCUUCAUCACCCGUCCGCUUGUUUGCUUCCUCUCCCAAAACACACUGGGGAGUGCAAGCCUCCCCACCGCAGCCCUUUGACAAUACAGCCAAUAAGACAAGAGAGUCAUUUAGGUUGAAUUGUUUCAAUGCCGGCUUUUUGAACCAGACUCAAGUUGGGAGAGGAAGAAGCAGUUGGCCUCAACAUAUUGACAGCCGCAGGGGGAGUUUCCUGCACAACUCCGCACGGCUGCCGCAUGUAGACGCAGCAGAUGCAAGACACGUCUUUCAAGAGCGAGAAAUAGAAAGGUUGUCAUUUGAAAAAGACAGGCACUCUGUUGGUCCUACCCCCGCUCACUUUUUUCAGGGGAGAACCCAGUUCUGCCCUUCCAACCAUAUCAGUCUCUCUCCCACAAGCUCCCUCCUCAGGCCCCGCCACACUGACUUGAUUCAUUACCCCCCAUCUUGCAUGCUGGAGCGAGGCCAUUCACCUGCUAUUCCUUCCUUCUCUAGCCCCGAGCACUGGUGCUUCCCCCCAAUGAGACUUUACUAAUGUAUGAGGAGGCUUUACACAGAGGCGUGUAU